GCGUCGACUGGAGGAAGUUUGCUGCGCUAAUCGGGAAAUGAACCAGCUCGCUGUCAGUUCGGACGCCAGCGCUCUAACCACUCGGCUAUCCGCUUCCCCUCUGGUUAGGAAGGCCCGUCAGGACACGCCAGAUUUUACAGUUUGAUCGUAACUGCCAUCGGCUCUUCCUCAUAUACACUCAUCUAAGUCUUAAUCUAUGAAAGCCUGGUAGAUGGUGUUGAUUCAGUGAGAACGCUUCUAUCGAAUGGAGACGUGUAGUUAAUGCAAUUUUUUUAAUCGGUGAGAUGUAUAAAUAGUUCCGACACCACUAUAAGCACAUGGACUCCGUUUUAUCACCUUUUGUCUUUUAUCUCUGCCGCUGUCAGACCAGUCAUUGGCUUACACGCGCCUGAUAACUGUUAUCAUACAGACUUGACAAGAAGCCAUAGCUCUGUGUAACACCAGCGUAGAUGGCUUUAACUUCCAUCGUGUUAUAGCAAUUAUUUUUAAGGUUCAUUUUUCUCGAUGAAUAGACGAGUUUGAGUGGAAGACAGGAUGGGCGGGCUUCGUGGAUAUAUGGUUGUUGUCAUGCUGUUCGUGCACUCGAGCUCAUCUGUAAAAUCUGCGGACGUCCCAUGCCAGCCGCCCAACACCACAGAAUAUUUCAACAGUCUACCCAGCUUGCCCAGCUUAGCAGACAAUUUCCACGUGUGGGUGGAGAUUAAAGUGGAUGGGAGCAACAAGUCGGAGCUGGUCGAGGAGACAGUGGUGUAUAGCUACAACCUGGCUGCCCUCCGCAUUCUUAGCAACGGUGUGGAGACCAAAACCAUCUUUUCGUACGAUACCCAGGAGACGUUUGUCGUGACAGGCACAAACUGUACAGUACAUAACAUCAGUGCUGAGCCCUAUUUAUUCAUCGUCGGCGAACAAAUUUCGGAUGGCAUGGCUUAUCUGCCGACGGGAGCCACAUCGUUAUUCUUUGGGCCAUUAAUUGUAAAGGUGUAUGCUGGGAAGGAGACAGUAAGAGGCAUGGAGUGUGACCGAUGGCAUGCAUGUGUGUCUACGCCGACAAUGAAUUUCACUGUUGACUAUUAUUUCACAGUGCACGACUGGCAGACACCUUCUGGCUACCCGCAGGUACCCGUCAGGUACGUGGUGAAAGGACAACAAGCGCUUGACUCAGGCUCCCCGUCUCCCUUCAGUCGCGUGUAUGAAUUCUUCGGGUACGAAGCGGAGAACAACAUCGAUCAAUCAGUCUUUGAGACACCCAGAGGAGUGGUGUGUCCUGGAAGGAAAAGCUUAAAGAAUAUUCCUCAGAUAACUAGCAAGUUCUACCAUUAUCGAGUAGAAACAGUUGAUGGUUUAAACACGAUUGUCACUGCAGCGGAGGUAUGGUACGACUAUGAGAGCAAGCUGUAUCGAUACGACUAUCACAUGCCUAAUGCGGACGCGUUGUCAGAGGUGCACGACUUCAAUUUUGGGGCACGCUACCAAACGGACGUAUUUUCUGGACGAUGUACACCGAUGGCAUUAGAUGAGAAUUCCCAGACUCCAGGCUGAACGUUCAAGCUUUCCAGUUGAACGACAGCUAUUCGCUUAGCAUGAAAGACCCUCUAGCUUUCUUUUACCUUGACUCUAACUUCACUUACUCAGGACAACGCAAGACCAGGGAUAUCAUGUGUGACGUGUUCAGUUCCCGACGCACCAACUUCGACUACUUUGACAACGGCAUCGUCUACACAGCUACAGUUGAGGCGUAUUUUCUG